CAGGGCAGAGACAUUUUGCUGCUGGGCUCGAAGUGGGCAUGGAGGCGGCAUCAGCCCGUGGCUUGGAGCGCCGCCGGCAGGAACUUCUGGCGCCACCUUGUCUGGACACCGAGUCGCUCCGUAAGAGCCGACCCCCCACACGGGAGCCUGGAGCCCUGAGAUGCCUCACUCCCAAUGGCAGGUCCCUGUGGCCUGUGUGCCAGGACUCUGUCAGCACAGCAUUGCCUUUCCUGCAAGAGAAAGAAAACGGGUCACUGGGGUCCCCUUCGCUGGCCUCCCAGGCCCUGGGGCCGUGCUGGGAGCUGAUGGUCAUAGGGAUGUCAGACCCCCUAAGUAUGGCCAGGAACCCUAAGAGCACACAAUACUCCAACCCGGAAUCGUCUAGUGCUGCUCCCCCAACUUCACUCCAGAGAAGAUCACGGAAGCAGCUGAACCCCCAAAAGGGCAUUGAGAAGGGGGACCCCACGUUCAAGGGGGUGACUCUGAAGUUUCAGAUACAGCCGGAUUCUAGCCUCCAGAUUGUAUCCACCUACAGCUUGCCUGGCAGAAGCUGUUUACAAAAGCUCCCUGCAAGCCCUUCCAAAGCCCUUGUCAACCCAGGAGGCAACGAGGCCCUUGAGCCCAGGCGCUGUGCUUCUUGUAGGACCCAGAGGACUCCACUCUGGAGAGAUGCCGAAGAUGGGACCCCUCUCUGCAAUGCCUGUGGCAUCAGGUACAAGAAAUAUGGCACCCGUUGUUCCAGUUGCUGGCUGGUUCCAAGGAAAAGCGUCCAGCCCAAGAGGUUGUGUGGCAGAUGUGGGGUGGCCCAGGACUCCCACCUAAACCCAACUCAGGAACUGUGAGCCCUACUUUACCUAGCCAAGUCAGUUUCUCCAGGGGAGAAUAGUAUCCAGCCCCUGGAAGUGCCCCGCCUGUCUUGCUGUCAGCAAUCCCAGUUGGAGAGUCAGCCUCAUGUCCAUAGCCCCCGUUUUCCACUCAGUCUUGGCUGUGCCCCAAAUAAAAAGAAAUCACUGCAGAAA